AUGGCCGCCCAGAACAUGGAGAAGGAAGAAACCGAGCUCAAAGUCCCCGAAAACAUAUCCAUCUGCGCCCCGCCGCCGCCGAUCCACGCCACCCAGCCUCCCGCCGCCCGAUCUCCGCCGGAGGCGUCGGAUCCGAAGCCACCGGCUUCCAAUCCAGGAUCCAGCUCCGCCGGCUCGCCAGAUCUGGCCAAGCCCACGGUGAAUCUGAAGAGACCGAGGGAGGCGAACCGUUGCUCCGGUUCGGGCUGCAGGAAGAGGGUCGGGCUGAUGGGUUUUCGGUGCAGGUGCGGCGACGUGUUCUGUUCGGAGCACAGGUACUCGGAUCGGCACGACUGCGGCUACGACUAUAAGGCGGCCGGCAGGGAGGCGAUCGCCAGGGAAAAUCCGGUUGUCCGGGCCGCGAAGCUUCUCAAGGUGUGA